UAAUAAGCAAAAUAAAGGACACAGAAGAUAUGGUAGUGAUUCCAAGUAUAUGAGUGAUAGUGAUGACACAGAUACGAAAAGUAGUAGUGAGGACACUGGAAAGAAGGCUAGUAAACAAAAGGUAAAUAGAACAAACAGUAACUCCCCAGUUACAUCUCCCACUAAACACGACCAUGCACCAUUUAAGCAAACUGGUAUCAAGGAAAGGAAGGCAAAAUUUAAAGGACAGAAGCUACAUAUUUCUUCAGGUCCCCCUAAGAUUGAUUACAAAAGACUUCAGAGUCCUUCAAGUAGCAGUCCUGAGAGAAGAUAUGGAGACAUAGACAGCCCACUAAGUGAUGCCACUCCUAAACACAUUAUGGUAAAAAGCCCACUUUCUAUGGUACCUGUAAUUAUAAAUGAUGAUAAUAUCCAAACAAACAGUUCCAAUAGCUAUGGCGAUGAUUUAAAUCUUCAAAGAACAGAUGUUUUGAAUUCAGCUGAGAAUCACAUUAAGCCAGUUGCACCAAAUUCAGCAUCAGAGUCAAUGGAGAAAACUUCACCUGAUAGUCAGCCAGGUUUGUCAGUUUCAUGUUCAGUUAAAAGAAGAGGAUCAACUUCUUCAACCAGCAGCAUACCGGAGAGCCCUUUAUUCAAUCCUCGGAUGAUGUCUCUCAGUCCAACUACAGCUCUUAACACCAGUACUCCAAAUCC